AUGGCGAACAGGGAUAAUGAAACCAAUUCGCCGAAUUUGAGUCUGACCGCGCUCGCAUCCCAAAUCUCCUCCUGCGCCUCUCUAAUCGACACCUUUCUGCUAUCCAACAAUCAUCCCACCCCCUCUUUCGCUCCUGAUGCACCGGCCGCCUUCCCCGCGGCCCCUGCAAAUGUCCAGCAUGCCCGCCAGUCUCUCAUUGAGGCGGCGCAGUCCCUCAUCGACCUGCUCACUGGUCCCGCUGAGCAUCUCCGCUGGCUCGCAUGCCGCUACCAUGACAUGUCCAGCCUGCGCUGGAUCUACCACUUCAAGAUCGCGCCGGCAAUCCCUCUAGACCGCGCCGUCAGCUACGCCGACGUCGCGGCCAAGACGGGCGUCGACGAGGACCACCUGAAGCGCAUGCUGCGCCAUGCAAUGACAAACCGGCUCUUCAUUGAGCCCGAACCGGGGAUGGUCGCGCAUACCGCGUCGUCGGCGCUACUGGUAACCAGUCGUGCGUUGAACGACUGGGUCGGGUAUACGACCGAGGAGACGUUCCCUGCCAGCGCAAAGGUCGUCGAGGCGCAGGAGAGAUUCGGGGCUAGUCGCAGCCCCACGGAGACCGGGUAUAAUGUUGCCUUUGGCACCGCGAAGCCGAUGUUCGAGCAUAUGGCAGAGGACCAGGAGCGGGAGAGGAGGUUUGCUAACACGAUGGUCGAGAUGACGAGCACGGAGGGAUAUGGCAUACAUCAUCUCGUGGACGGGUACGGGUGGGAUCAGAUCGGGAAAGCCAAGGUGGUCGAUCAACAAGGCUUAGGUAUUCUCGCUUUUAGGGCUGAUGCUUACGUGGAUAUCCAGGUCGGCGGCUCAACAGGGCACGCGUGCAUCGCUAUAGCCAAAAAGGCUCCAGAGGCAACGUUUCUCGUGCAGGAUUUAGCCGGGGUCGUUGACCAAGGUCGAGCGUCUCUUCCUGAGUCUCUGAGCUCUCGAAUCACCUUCAAAGAGCACGACUUCUUCACGUCGCAGCCGGAGGAAGCGGAUAUUUACCUGCUUCGAUUUAUCCUGCACGACCAUCCCGACUCUACUGCCAUAGAUAUCGUCAAGAAUCUUAUACCGGCCAUGCGACAGGGCGCGCGGCUUAUCAUCAAUGACGGUGUUUAUCCGGAGGUUAAUACGUUGCCAAAGGGGGAGGAGAGGAUUGCGCGGAUAAUGGACCUCGAGAUGUUGACCACCUUCAACGCAAGGGAACGACCGCUAGCAGACUGGGUCAAGCUCUGUGCAGACGCCGACAGUCGGCUGAAGCUGCGGUCGGUUUCGAAACCGGAGGGCAGUGUCAUGUCCAUCCUCGAGUUUGUCUUCGAUGAGCCGGAAUCGAAGUUUGAUGAGUCGCUCGUGGAUAUGUAG